ACUCUUAUCAACUGCAGUGACAUGGAAAAAAAGCAUGGAUUAGGGAUUAGUCAAAAGGGAGAAAAGAAGGUUGAAAAAGGUUGCCUGUGGAUGUCACCCUACUGGCAUUUCUAUACCUAUCAUCAAGAAAAUGUAUUAUUCGUAUCAAAAGUGGUGCAGUAUAGGAAAUUGCAGUUGGCUGCUUUUGACUAAGACCCACUGACACCCAGCUGUACCAUGAGAUGGUUCACACACCACAGCUCUGUACUGUAGCCUAUCAUUUAACCACUCAGUAGCUCCAAAUCUCGCCCUCAUUUCAUGGGCUUCGUCAAUGACAGUUUGCAAUGUGCAGUCGACAGAAGUGUCUCUCCCCCUGUUCUUCCUUUCCUACUAAUCACAGUCCAGUGAAAGGCAGCCAAUCAGAGACAGCUCCUCUGAACCCCUGCUUCCUUGUCUUGCAGAGCAUGGCAUGGUGCACAGAGGUAAAAAAAAAAAAAAAAAGAGAGAGAGAGAGAGGGAGAGGGAGAGGGAACGGGUGAGUGAAGAAGAGAAGCAGGGAGGGAGGAGGCAGGCAGGCAGGAGAGUAAGAGAGGGAGCGAGAGCGAGUGGAAGAAGCAGCUGGGCUUGUGCAUAUAACUGUAGUCAGUGUCGGAAUCCUAGCACUGCCAAGAGGCGAGCGAAAGCCCCAGCUCAGCUCUUAAAUGAGGAUAGAUGAUAUGCAUUCAGAGGGACAGAGGAUCUUUUUGUAAGGCUUUUGAGAGGAGAUCAAAGCAAGGACUACAAUGUCAGAUUCCCUCACGCUGCCAGCCUCUCUUCUCUCACUCGCCUCUCCCUACGAGCUCCCUCAUUAGAUUAUUCAACGGGGGUCUAACGGACGUCUUGUGGAUUGAUCGAUGUAAUGAUGAUGAAUCGCUUCCUCCCGCUGCUCGCCCUGCUCCUCGUCUCCCACCUGAGCACCCUGGUGCAGCCAACGCCCAGCAGCAUUAGGAACAUGAAGCUGGACAACAUAGAGGGCAAAGAUGGGAAAGUACUGCACAGGUUCAAGAGGGGCUGGAUGUGGAACCAGUUCUACCUGAUGGAGGAGUAUACAGCAAAUGAAUACCAAUAUGUUGGCAAGCUUCAAUCAAAUAUGGACAGACUUGAUGGGACCGUGCGCUACGUUCUCACCGGAGAAGGAGCAGGGACUAUAUUUCAGAUAGACGAAAACACGGGAGAUCUGCAAGCCAUCAAGAAGUUGGACAGGGAAGAAAAAGCCAAUUACACGCUGCAAGUUACGGCUGUUAACACAAGGACAAACCAGCCCCUGGAGCCUCAAACCGAAUUCAUUAUCAAAAUCCAUGAUAUCAACGACAAUGAGCCGAAGUUUGCCAAGGCCACCUACACAGCAAGUAUCCCUGAAAUGACGGCUGUCGGUACUCCGGUCUUGCAAGUCACCGCCACAGAUGCCGACGACUCCUCGUAUGGUAACAGUGCCAAGCUUGUGUACAGCAUCCUGCAAGGUCAGCCAUACUUUUCGGUGGAGCCUGACACAGGGUGGAUCAAAAUAGCCUUACCCAACAUGGACCGGGAGGUACGGGAGAAGUAUCAGGUGGUCAUUCAGGCCAAAGACAUGGCAGGGCAAAUAGGUGGUCUCUCUGGGACAACCACAGUCAAUAUCAUCCUGACAGAUGUAAACGAUAGUCCACCACGAUUCUCAUCCAGUUCUUACCAUCUCAGCACCCUUGAAUCGGCUGAAAUUGGCUCCACGGUCGGACGGAUUAAAGCCAAAGACGGUGACGAGGGAGAGAACGCUGAGUUGGAGUACAGCAUUAUAGAUGGAGAUGGGAAGGACUUUUUUAACAUCCUCACUGACAGAAUUACACAGGAGGGGAUCAUCAUGGUAAAAAAGAAACUGGACUAUGAGCGACAGAGGGUCUACAGCAUAAAGGUGGAGGUGAACAACACAAAACUGGACCACCGCUACUCGUCCCUUGGCCCCUUCAGGGACACGGCCUCGGUUAAGAUCACAACCCAGGAUGUGGAUGAGCCUCCGGUGUUCAGCCUGUCACCAUAUGUUCUGGAGGUUCGAGAGGACACGGCCCGAGGCAACACCAUCGGAAAGGUCACAGCCUGGGACCCAGACGGCCCUCAUCAUCCUGUGAGGUACUCCAUAGACCACCAUACCAACCGAGACAAACUCUUCUAUAUAGACCCAAUUGAUGGGUCAAUUACAGCCCUGCAGCCGCUUGACCGAGAGUUAUCGAAAUGGCACAACAUCUCAGUGCUUGCUACUGAAAUAAAUAACCCUCAGCAGAUGAGUCGCGUUCCCGUGCUCAUUAAAGUCUUGGAUGUUAAUGACAAUGCCCCAGAAUUUGCCAUGUAUUAUGAGACAUUUGUUUGUGAAAAUGUCAAAGCUGGGCAGCUUAUCCAGACUAUCAGUGCCACAGACACAGAUGAACCCCUUGUUGGACACAAGUUUGUGUUCAGUUUAAGUUCCCACAAUCCAAAUUUUACAAUACGUGAUAAUGAAGACAACACGGCGCAGAUCCUGACCCAGCGGAGUGGCUUCAAGCAGCACGAGAUGAGCGCCUACUACCUGCCCGUGGUCAUCUCUGACAGCGGCUUCCCUGUCCAGAGCAGCACGAGUACGCUGACCGUCCGCGUGUGCAGCUGCGACCGCAGCGGGAACCUGCGCUCCUGCAGCGUGGAGGCCCUGCUCCUGUCCGCCGGCCUCAGCACCGGGGCUCUGGUGGCCAUCCUGCUCUGCAUCAUCCUCCUUCUCAUGAUCGUGGUGCUGUUUUCUGCUCUGAAAAGGCAGAGAAGAAAAGAGCCUCUGAUCAUCUCCAAGGAGGACGUGCGCGACAACGUGGUGAGCUACAACGACGAGGGCGGCGGCGAGGAGGACACGCAGGCCUUCGACAUCGGCACGCUGCGCCACCCCGAGGUCAUGGAGAGCAGCAAGCAGAGGCGCGACAUCAUCCCCGAGAUACUGUUCCCCUACCACCGGGACUCCCCGCCGCCGGAGUGCACCGAUGUCAGAGCCUUCAUCGGCGGCAGACUUCAGCAGAAUGACAACGACCCGUCCGCCCCGCCGUACGACUCUCUUGCCACGUACGCCUACGAAGGGAACGGAUCCACCGCCGAGUCUCUGAGUUCUCUCGGGUCAAGUCCCACAGAGGGGGACCACGACUAUGACUACCUCAGCAACUGGGGCCCUCAGUUUAAGAAGCUAGCUGACAUGUACAUAGCAAAGGACAAGGCCUAGAGGCGCAUCACGACACCCACCCCUGCUUUGACGGAGCCGUACCUUCAUGCUUGACUUUUAGCAGAGACUCUGAACACACAUGCGGUUGUUUCGUUCACUAGUGUAUCGUUUUUUGUCUCUUCGUUUGCCUUUUAGACAUUCCGUUGCGAAUUUGUGUCACAUGUACCCGAGGACGGCCCUCGUGUCAAGGUGUUCAGUCUAUGUCAUGGCAGUUUAGUGCUGAAAGCAGCAGGGGUGGUCAUCUUGUAUUGUACAGCAGUCUGGAAAUGUGCUCUGAAAUCUCUGUGCAACGAGAAUGUAUGGUUGAUGGGCUUUUGAUAAUAGUAAUGUGGUCUAUUGAGAAAGAAUUAUUCAUUUCUAUUUUCCGUUCAUGUGAAGGCUUUUGCCUUUUGAAAAGGAGACAAGCUGUGAAGUCAAACGAACUCGAAUGAACUCAAUGAGCAAGUGAAGUCAAAUGAACACAUUAUGAAGGACAGAUGUCACACAUCAUUGGUGUCACAAGUUUUGGUGUACGUAUGGUGGGUCUUUGUGUUUUCUACACACAUUUUUAUGUAUAUUAAGUUUAUUUUUUUAAUAAAAAAAAUCAAAACA